AUGAGGCGUCCCCUUAAAGUUCAGCAGCCCGCUGGUGAUGAGGAAGACAACUCAGAAAGCUUUAAAAAAGUUAGACGUGUAAUCUGCAAAGGUAAAGCACCAGUCGAUGUUGAAUGUGUUGCUAAAGUCAAUUCAGCUUAUGUUUAUUAUGAAGGCGAUGAUAUUUACGAUGUCAUGCUAAAUCAGACUAAUGUUCAAAAUAAUAACAAUAAAUACUAUAUUAUACAGCUUUUAAAAGAUGAAAGUAUAAAUAAUUACUCAGUCUGGUUUCGUUGGGGUCGAGUUGGGAAAUCUGGCCAAAAUAAACUUGAAAAUUUUGGUGGUAAUUUACAAGCUGCUAAGAGUUGUUUUGAAAAAAAAUUUCUAGAUAAAACACUAAAUCAAUGGGGAGAAAGAAGGAAUUUCAUAAAACAAAAUGGAAAGUAUGAUAUGGUUGAAAUUGAUUAUGGCGUACAGGAUGAAAAUGCAACUGCAAAGAAAAAGAAGGUUAAAGAAGUUAAAUCACGACUUCCUGUUGCCGUGCAGGUACUUAUGAAAUUAAUAUGUGAUUUUAGUAACAUGGAACAAGUUAUGACUGAACUAAAAUAUGAUUCACGUCGAGCUCCUCUAGGAAAACUUAGUGAAUCACAAAUUCGUGCAGGUUAUACAGCAUUGGAUAACAUAUCCCAAAUGAUUAGUGCUUUGUCAGCUCUAAGUCAAGCGUGUAAUACUGAAACAGAAACUAAGCCAAGAGGCAGAGUAAAACGUAUCGUCAAAACAAAUGCGGGUGAUAAACGUAAACUUGAAGAACAAUUACUGUUGGCCUGUAAUGAUUUCUAUACACGGAUACCUCACGAUUUUGGUAUGCGUAUACCACCGGUUAUUCGUACAAUGCCUGAAGUCAAAUCAAAAAUUGAAUUACUAGAAGCCUUAUCCGAUAUUGAAUUUGCUGUAAAUAUUUUGAAGAAUAAUCAAUCAUCUACUGAAAAUAUUAUUGAUGUAAAUUAUAAACGACUGAAUUGUGACAUUAAACCUUUGCGAUCAACUGAUCCAAUGUAUUCGUUGUUAACCGAUUACAUGCACGAAACACAUGGAGUUACACAUAAUUGGUAUACGUUGGAAAUAUUAGAUAUAUUCGAAUGUCAAAAAUCUGCGGAACAAGGAGAAUUCAAAGAUUACGGGAAUAGGAUGCUUCUUUGGCAUGGAAGUCGUUUAACUAAUUGGGUUGGCAUUUUAGGCAGAGGUUUACAAAUUGCUCCACCUGAAGCUCCAUCUUCUGGUUAUAUGUUUGGAAAAGGUGUAUAUUUUGCUGAUUGUUCAUCGAAAUCAGCCAAUUAUGUUUAUCCAACACAAGCUAAUAAUGUUGGACUCAUGAUUGUUUGUGAGGUUUCGUUAGGUAAACAAAGAGAAUUAUAUCAAUCAUGUUCUAAUGCUCAUGAAAAUCUCGCUGAUUAUCAUAGUGUAAAAGGUGUUGGUAAAUGGCGAACAAAUUCCGAAACAUGGAAAACUUUAAAUGAUGGUGUUAUAGUACCAUGUGGAAAAUUAAUUCAAGCACCUGAAAUUGAAGCAAAUAAAUGUAUUUUACAAUUUAAUGAAUAUAUUGUCUAUUGUGUAAAUCAAAUACGUUUACGAUAUUUACUGAAGGUGAAAUUCAAUUUUAUUCAUUAA